UUUGUUAUUCUACCAACAUAUAAUUAGUGUUUUUAAAAGUAAAAUAAAAAUUUAUAUAUAAAAAUAAAUAAAAUAAAAUAGUGGCAAAAUUAGACAUUAGUCUUUCUUACCAGUAGGUGGCAGUAUUAAACAAUUUAACCAUUACUUUUUAGCUGCUUUUUAACCAUUGCAGCUUGCUUGUUAUUUGACCUCCGUGACUGAAGGUGGCAGCACCGACGUACAAAACCACUCUUCAUCCUCCUUCCUGGGACACAGACGUUUAGUGCUUUCAUAACAUCUGAAAACAUGACUCUUUCAGACUUUCUAUGAGCGGAACUCGCUCAGCCUCAGACAGAAAUGACCGGCCUGAAGUUUGUUUUCUGCAAAAAGCCGCGCUUGAAAGCGCUCGUGCACGUUGGAUUCUGUAGAUGUUUCCACGCUGAACUUGUGAGGCUUGAGUCUAAGAAACUUCCCAUAAUUCAUCACAGCAAGUAUGUGUGCGAGCUUCCAGCCAACCACAGGUUUCCAAUGGGCAAGUUUCCUCGGGUUUUACACUUUUUACUAAAAGAUCAAGUUAUCACAGAGAAACAGGUUUGGGUCCCUGCAAUCGCCUCCAAAGAUCUGCUGAGCUGUGUGCACACAGACGACUAUCUGAACAAGUUCCUAAGUGGAAAAACAAGUGAGCAAGAACAGAGGAGGACGGGCUUUCCCUGGAGUCAGGGCAUCGUCUCACGCUGUCGAUAUGAAACGGGUGGGACCGUUCUGGCUGCUGAAGCUGCUCUGCAGAGAGGUCUGGCGUGCAGCACAGCAGGAGGAACCCAUCACGCUUUCCCCGGCUACGGCUCGGGGUUUUGUCUGCUGAACGAUUUAGCCGUCGCAGCCAAAUAUGUGAACAGUUCCUCUAAGAAGAAGGUUCUGAUCGUGGAUUUAGACGUACAUCAGGGGGAUGGUACUGCUUUCAUAUUCAAAGAGGAGCCAGCUGUGUUUACAUUCUCGGUGCAUUGUGGGAAAAACUUCCCCCUCCGCAAACAAGAAAGCGACCUAGAUAUCAGCUUGGAGGAUGGGCUUGAAGAUGAGGAGUACCUCUCCACGGUGGAGGCUCACCUGCCAUGGCUGCUGCAGACGUUUCGUCCAGACCUGGUUCUGUACGACGCAGGCGUCGAUCCUCACUGGGAAGAUGAACUCGGCAGACUUCGCCUCACCGACCAAGGGCUCUACCGGAGAGAUUUGUAUGUGAUGAAGACCACAGUGAAUCAAGGUGUUCCCAUCGCCACUGUUAUUGGUGGAGGAUACUCGAGAGACCUCGACAAACUGGCGCUCAGACACUCCAUCGUGCACAGAGCGGCCACACAGGUUUGGAGGGAGUGUGGAAUGUAAAACCCUCACCUGCUGAAUCAAGAUCUCCCAACGUUGGUGUUUGGGAAAUGUCUGCGCUGAUUAUUAGUGGAGCUCUGUCUCUGAACUGUUUCCAAGCUUUUGCUUUUGUGCACCAACACAUGGAAAAUAAAAUUAAACUACCAAGAUCAUCACAUUAAGCUGUAAAUCAGUGUAGUAAAAUAAAUGCAAACUAUUAAACUGGAUUUUUCUAAACC